AUGAACACCACACAGAUAAGAAUCAGUAAGAAAGAGGAGAUCCUUAAAGGUCUCCAGAGUGAGUUAGCCCACCUUGAAAACGAAUACGCUUCCAAAAGCGCGGAAAACGACGUAAAACUAGACGCAAACGCGCUUUCAGCACGUCAUAUAGCGAAUUUAAAAACUUAUAAUGAGCUCAGAGACACCGGUUUAAGGCUGGCACAAAUGAUAGCAGACGAAAAAGCGUGCAAGAUAAAAGAUGUCUUUGAAGAAAUGGGUUACGAGAUGUCGGACAACAUGUGA